AUGGAGCAUUCGAAUCCGGAGUCACGAUUUGACAUCGAGACGUUUCCAGAAUAUUUUCCAAUUCUUGAGGUAGAUAAUAAAUCUAGACUCAUUCUAAGGCAUUAUAAGCCACGUAAUAGAUCCUUUUCUGCACCAGCUGCUCCACAUGUUCAACAAGGUAUUCAGGAAGACGAUCGGAAAGUCGAUCACGAUUUUAUUAUUCUUCACGAUCCUAAACUUACACUCGAAACCCUUCAAAGAAGAAUAAGUCUUACUCGAAAUGGUGAUCAACUACGAAGGUACUCUAUGUCAGAUCCGCGCGGCCCUUUACGUGGUUAUGGUAGGCGCAUUAAUGGAAAAAGACAACGAUAUUUGAAGUCAUUACAAAUAUUAAAAUAUGAGAGCGAUAAUAAUGCAAAUCAACCAAAGGAAGCUUCAAUAUUUAUAUCUCAACUUGAUAAAUUCGUAACAGAAGGUCAACUUCGGGUACAAUUUGAGGAAUGUGGAAAUAUAAUUUAUUGCAAAAUUGAAAACGUUCCAAUUCACAAUGAUAGUCUCGGACUAGCUAGAUUAACUUUUUAUGGAGAAAAUAACGGUGAUGCAUUGAAUUCGGCUAGAGAUUCAAUAUUCAAAUUUAAUGGAAAAUCAUUAUUUAAUGGUCCACCCAUAAAAUUAGAACUUGAUAAUGAUGGUUCAAAAUUAAAAACGGCCGUUAAUACGAUUAUUGCUGAAAGUCAGCAUUCAUUAGAACACUCUGUAAGUAACAAAAUAAGCGAGCCGUCACCGUCACCAUUACCUGAUGACGAUAUGGAAAUAGGAGAUGCACCAUCACCACCUGCUGUCAUUGUUUCAGUCCUCGUCACUAAAGUCCAAAGUAUAUCACAAACUUCGGUACUAUUUGAUAAGGCCAAGAGGAAGGUUACACUUUCGACUUCUAAUAAAACUCUUGCUAGAGACUCGCACGUUUCUCCUGAAAGGAUUGAACAAAAGAUCGAAUUGCCACCGAAAAGACCGAUCGACGAUGAUAAGGAGGAAGGUGAAAUUGACUCAAACUAUGAAGAGGAGUCAUAUGGACCUGCUAGUGGACUUUCAUCAUCUAGGGAAAAAGGAAAAUGGUUUGAAAGAUAUUCUCUUGAUUCAAAUGCGCAACAUUUGGAUUAUAGUAUACCUACGGUUGUCCCCUCUAAGCGUUCUUAUGAUCAAUACAUACCUGAUUAUAGUAAUGAUCGUAAUAGACAUUUAAAUCAAGAAAGGAGAAGGCGUAAUUCUUCUAGAGAGAGGUUUAUUAGAAACAAUCUUACUGUGGAGAGAAGUCGUAGCCGAAGUCGAGGCAGAAGUCCUAUCGGAAGCAAUAUUCAACAAAGGAGUCGCGAUCGUGAUUAUGGACGCAGUCGUAACCAUGAACCAAUUCGUAAUCGAGAUCGCGAUUCAAUUCAAAGUUAUAAACGCGAUAGUUCUCGUAGUCAUGAUCGUGAUAUGUCUCGAGCUCAUGAUCGUUCUACCACUCGUGAUAAUAUCUAUCGUAGCAAUGAUCAUGAAAUGAUUCGUAGUGGUCGUGAAACUCAUGUUGGUGAUAAGAAAGAAGAAAAGAAAAUCAGCGAGACACGUGAUUACUGGGCAGAAGUCGAUAAGAAGUUCGAUGGUCCAAAGAGUUCUUCGGAGUUUUCGUCUAGAGAUCACACGAAAUAUAGGAAACGAUCACAACUUAAUAAAGAUAACUCAUCAAAAUUACAUUCCUCGGCACAAAGGGUUAGUACGUCAAAGGUCGAGUCUAUUGAUAAUUAUACAAAUGUUAAUAGAUUACCGAAACUUAAAAGUUAUCCAAGUAAACCACAACAAAGUUCAAGACCUUCUGAAGGUUAUAGAAAACCAAAUAUAAGUGACUGGGAUUAUUCAUAUUCGUCAUCAUCUGAUUCCUCUGAAACCAGUGCGCAGAAGAAAAAGAAAGCACAAGAUGCCAAAGGAAAAUUACUUUCAAAGAAUAUUAUUUCUUUAGCGUCAAACAAGGUUGAAAACAAUAAAAAGGUUGAAAAUGAUGAAAAGAAACAGGGUCUAAGUCAAGUGUUGCAACAAAAGAAAUCACCUCAAAAGCCAGUUUUAAAAUCAAACGUUCGGAGUGCUUCUGAAAACAGUAUAAAAUCUAAGGUUGCACGCAAGUCAAAGAAUGUUGAUUUAACGAGCGACAGUACUAUUAAAGAGGCUGAUAAUUCUAUAUCUGAAUCCAGCGCAAAAGCAAAAACUGUUCGUAAACAAAAGAGCAUGAGUACCUCUAAUAACUUGGAAGUUUCUCAGGACGUAAUGAAACAAAAUCAAAGUCGUAAAUUAAAAGAAACUGUCAUAACAGGUGUAAAAAUUCAACAAAAUAAUGAUGAUAUUAGACAAAUCAUACAUCGUUCUUCAAAUGAUCUAGCUAGUUCCGAGGCUAGUGAUAGCUUACUGAAUAAUGAUGGUGAGCCCAUAGAAUGGUCCGAAAAUGAAGAGUUUACUAUACGUGUAGGUGAUCACGUUGAAUCUUUUAAAGAUUACGCACCAGAUGAUGGACCUCAUAAAACCGGCUGCGCUCGAACUGAAGGAUAUUAUAAAAUACCUCCGGAAGAAAAGCGCAAAUACGUGGCAUAUGGCAUACCCGGUACUUCUUAUGCAACAGAUAAAGCACCGGCUCCGAGUUCGCGUGCAUCACGUGCAAAACGUCGUGAACUUCAAUCUCGUAUGGCAGAGUAUCAGGAUGUAGCAACUGAUGCGGAUAUUCUAUUAUACAAUCCACUUAAAGCACGUGAGAAAGAACUUACUAUUGCAAAAUCUAAGAUCCAUCAUUAUGGCCUCUUUGCUUUGGAGCGUAUUAAAUCAAGUGAAUUCGUUAUUCAAUAUACUGGAGAACUUAUACGUCAAGCCGUUGCCGAUCUUCGGGAAAGAAAAUAUAAAGCUGAAGGUAUAGACGGAAGCUAUAUGUUUCGUGUUGGAGAUGAUACCAUUAUUGAUGCCACCAAGAUGGGAAAUAAUGCAAGGUUGAUAAAUCACUCGUGUGAUCCAAAUUGUAAUGCGAAAAUUCUUACUAUUAAAGGGAAGAAAAAGAUAGCAAUAUAUGCAAAACGAGAUAUUGAAUUUGGAGAAGAGAUUACUUAUGAUUAUAAGGCAAGUUAA